AUGUCGCCCUCUAACAAGAAGGGCAAAAAGAAAGCAAAGUUCGCCGCCGCUAUCGCGCGCGAGGACUCCCCACCACCACCGCCCGCCGCCUUCGAUGACUACGGCGAACCCAUCCCCACCCACGACCUCGGCGUAGACGAAGAACGCCGCCUCGCCGAGGAAUACUACGCCGACCCCGCCGGGUAUGAUACAGCCCACGGCACCUCCGAUCACCCCUCGUUGUUCGAACACAUCGACGACCUCCCCCUCCUCCUUGACGACUUCCAAGACCAGUUCGACGAAGCUGUCCUCCUCAACCGCCACAUCAAGGACCGCUUCGACACCGACGGUUCUCUCCCCACCUUCCAGCACGACGACGGCUUCCUGGAGCUCCCCGAGCUCCUCCGCCUGUCGAGCCAAAUCGCCCAACACUGCUUCAAGGGCACCUCCACCCUCCAGGCAUACGUCAAUGCGGCGCGCGACUUCGACCUCCCCGCCCCCGCAUUGACCUCCAUCCUCUCCCUCAACGGGCCCUCCAUACUCGCGGUCGGCUAUGUCGCACAAUUCAUACAGGAGAUACUACCCAGCCUGGUGGCCUCCCUCACUCCCCCACCCCCCGUCCCCGCACCCGCACCGCGGACCGACGCGGCCACCUCUCCCCCGCCGUCCCCGCCCUGCCCCCUCCCCCACGCCGAUGUGCCGAUGACCGACACUCCCGCUCCUGCCCGCGUCCCGCCGCCAACCCUCGACCCUACUGCGGCCCCUUCGCUCCCACACACGCCCCACGGCACCCCCCUGCACCGCGCAGCCAGCCCCUGA